UCAUCUUUUUCAUUAUAUUUUUUGUCAUGUUGAGUUUUUAAAUAUGUUUAAUAAUAUAAGAAAUAAAUUAAAAACCGUUGUACAAGAUAGUAUAAGCAGUAUUUCCUUAACAUCAACAGCUGACCAAAGUAUAAAUCAAUCAAGUGAUAAAUUUGACGACGUUAACUAUUUUGCUGGAUGUAAAUUAUUGGAAAAAUAUCAAAAUGAUUGGGAAUCAAUGCACAAUUUAACUGAAGAGAAUGCAAAGACUGCUGAAAUGCUAGCUAAUUUGAUAGACAAAAUUUAUAAAGACACAGAAUCACACAAAAGAAAAAUGAUGGAUUUAAACAUAGCAUUGGCUAAUAUUCCUUAUUUAGUAUCCACAAUUGACUCUUGCUCUAAAUCUAUAGAAGAAAUCGGUUUGCAGUUUAGAAAUAUUGAAAAAGAUUUAUUUCAAUUAGAAAAUUUAAUUGAGGUUUUAGAAAUAGAAGACCGUAAAUUAAAAUAUGCUGACCAAAUACAGUCAUACAAACAAAAAAAACUGGAAAACUUAGAAAGAUAUCGUAGUACUUUAGCUGUACAGCACACUCAAAAUAUAAAGAAGGUGGAAAUAAUUCAUGAAAAAGAGUUGAAAGAACGUCAGGAAGCGUUUCAAGAAGCUUUUCAAAAUGAUCUUAUGCAAUAUCAAACUCAAGGCCAUAUUGAACGGGUUCGCAUACCUUCCAGUCAGCAAACAGUGUGUUUAGAAGAUAUAGUUUUAGAUCAAGAUGACAAUGAUUUAUUAGACCAAUUUUUAAAUCAGUAAACAAAAUGGGU